AUGGAACGCGUGAAAGGUCGCCAUCAUCCGUAUAUUAGUAAAGAGAGUAGAAAGCCACUUGCGAGCCUCGAUUUAAUAGCACGAACACACGAACCUGAUAAAGGAAAAAGCCGAGGCCGUAUUCGUGGUCCGAUGACUAGGAUGACCAUGCUAGAAGGAGAGGGAAGUCUCAAAGGACGUGAUGUGCUGACUUCGAGCACUCCAUGGGACGAAGUUAAUGGCUACCAACAGCCUAACCUUGCUUAUCUUAUGAAUGGUAAUGGACAAAUGGAGACAAGGAUCGGUAAGAAUGAUCCCGCCUUUCUUGAGGCGCGUCUCCUACGUGAACGUCCAUGCCGUACGCUAUUUGUGAGAAACAUACAGUAUAACCUUAAACUCGAAGAGAUAAAAGCGAAGUUCGAAGAGUAUGGGGAGAUUAAAGAAAUGUGUGAUUUGAUUGAAAAGAGGGGAAUGUAUGAUAUCAGAGCAUCAGAGAGAGCCAAAAAGGAGUUGCAGGGAUGUGAGCUAGGCAGUCGUAAGAUCGAUGUUCAUUAUUCUCUUCCAAAAGACGAUGAUGAUACCGUUUACUGUGAUGGAGAAAAAAACCAGGGAACAUUAUUCAUAACAUUGAAAGAUGGAAAGGAGCCGUUAGAAAACGAAGCGUUAACAAAACAUUUCUCUCAAUUCGGAGAAGUUAAAGUUGUAAGGGACUACAAAGGCCACCCAAAUCAACGAUUUGUUGAAUUUUGGGAUAGCAGAGCUUGCGUAAGAGCGUUUGCGUCGACGUUGAAUGCCAGCUACAAUGGUGGUUAUUUUGAUUGUAAAUAUGCAUGGGACAUAUCCGCAAAGCAACGCGCAAGUAAUAGUUUACUCAAUCGGCUAGCUAUCAAAGCUAAGGAAGCAGCUCGAUACGCUGUUCGAAAUGGCUAUUCUGGUGCGCUCGAGAAAGUUUCAUUUACAGAGUAUAAUGAUAAUACUGACUAUCAAUUGCGAUUGUCAGGUGGGAAUGAGGAAUACCAUCUUCAAUCUUAUGGUCCUGAUGCCGAUAUAUUGUCUAAUGGAUGUCAUGGUCAUGAUUCUCGUCAUUACGAAAAUGGAGUAUACCCUUCUCCCCAACUGUCACAUGAUUCGCCGCCUCAAAGUCAAUCAAAUACUCCAUAUGAUCCACAAUACUCAACUACACACUCUAGUCAGGCAUUAAUAUCUGACUACGUAUCCAUGUCACAACAAGAACGUCUCGAACAAGCACAAAAAGUUCAAAAGAUGUUGGCAAUGGUAACCAUUCAACAGCAACAACAACCACACGUCCAAGCCCAGUCUACCAAUCUUCAGCUCUCGCUACAAUCGAUAACGCGCGGUUCUGAUCAAUGUCUCAAUCCAACUGCAAUUACCCCAGUAAUAAACACAACGUUUUUGAAUGGCUCGGUUGCAGUUAGUUCACUUACCAAUCAAAUGUAUAUGAAUGGGACAUCGAAUCAAGUGAGCAAUAAUAUUAGUCAGUUGUCCGAUCUUAGUAAGUCGGGGAGCGUAAGCGGGAGUACCUCCCAGAAUGCUACUAUUAAUCACUUACUUGCUUUGCUGGAACAAGUAAAGCAAACACAAUCCACAUCACCAUAUAAUACACAAUCAUCUACACAAAUACCGCAACAGCAAUUAUCAUUUCAAAAUCAUCUUUCCUAUUCUCCGGCAGCACCUCAAAUAACAGCAUCUCAAUACUCAUACCCUAUAUCACCACAAAUAUCGAGAGCGCAGGCUCCCGUCUUCACCCCAGGCACAUAUCCAUACAUACCAGGAACUUAA